CAUACAUUACAGUAGUUGGAAUGCCUGGCAGUGCUAACACAACUCGUAUAUGAAUGCGGAACCUUUAUAUGUGUAACUAGUUUCGUGUCGGUGUCGGAAUCUUCAUUGUCAACAGAAGUGCAGCAGGAUUGGUAGCUAAUCCUGUGAGCACACUCUGUUGAGUGUGUGUUGGGGAUGGAGGCCACCGGAGUCUCGUCUGAUGUUCUCCUUGAGCGUCCAUGGCUUCCUGUCAGCAUCGAUGGUUGCCAUCUGCUCGCCAAGAGCUGGUUUGGAGAGACAAGGUGCCGCAUCCUGCUGACUGACCUGCACUGUGUAUGGGAGGAGACGAUGCACACGGCAGCCAUCCAGAGCCGAGCGCAGGAGCUGAACAAGCGCUUGCAAGCCCCCGUCAAAGCAUUCUUAGCUCACCUGUGCGAGGUGGUUCAGCCCUAUUUGUCAGGCAGUGGGCGGCCACAUGACAGCGAAGCUCACAUCUCUUUGAUGCGACUUGACGGCGGCGACAUGGUGUUGAGGCUGAAGAGUAAACUCGCAGGGCUGCCCUUCUAUUGGGAGUUUCGCUGCACCCCCGCUCCCAUCACUGUGGUUUGUCUCCACCUGGUGCGCCCCCUGCUGUCCAUGAGCCACGUGCUGCACCAGCAGGUGGAUCAGUUGGAGGGUUUGCUGGCCAGGAAGGAUGCUGAGAUCCAAGAUUACAAGGAUAAUGGAGCCACUCUCAGCAGAGCCCGCCUGCAGACGGAUAUUUUUGACCAACCCGCCUACAGAAGCAGCUUCUUGGCAAAGACUCUCCCUCUGGUUUGUUGUGACCAUCACGGCUCCCAGAACUUCAGCGGCAACCUCCAGGAGCUCUACGCUGCGGUCGUGGCGCAUGGGAACGCACGCAAGCGCAAACUGUCUGAGCAGGACCAGCAGGUUGCGCUGAAUCCUGACCUCCCACAAGCCACAGGUGAUAAGGCAGAUGCUGAAGCAGAAGACAAAGACAGCGACCAGAAACAGACAAGUCAAGUGGAGGAACCAAAGAACUCAGCCACAGCACAGCAGGUUGUCGUCCCCCGCUGCCGGGCUGAGCGAGCGUCUUCCAAAGCAAAGAAGAAGAAAGUGGUGGGCUUGUUUCGAUGACUGCCAGCAGUACGAAACACAAACUGUCAUUUUAAAGGACAUUUUAAUCACUUUUAGAUGGAUUUUAAUCUUUUUUAAGUGUGGGACACAGGCAUUUUAUCAUAUUAUGAAUAUUAACAAUAAAUUGCUUGGAUAUU